UUUGAAACUGACACACAGACAACAUUUUAUUCUAUUAAAGAGAGGUGGAAACCCUGAGAAAGGCAUCUAUGAGAUCUCUUAAUUCUGUGAAUAUUUGCACAGAACCCACUUUAACAAGGGAUUCUUUCAGCUGUGGAGAGAAGUGUGAGAAUCCCAUGUAUACAUAGAGGUACAGAGUAAGUGAGAAAAGAAAUGAAGGGUAUGACAUAUGAAAGGUCCAUGUGAAGCGUAAACAAGACCAUUCCAGCCCUCACUUGGUGUUCUUAAACGUCUGGGCACCGUUAAACACCACAGUCUCCAGGAAUAGCUGCUGCAGUGGUGACCAUGUUUCGUCUGUGUUUCUCACUCUUCCUGGGUUUGCUUUGGCUUGGACUGCUCUGUCUCACAGAGGCAGUGGAAAACCAAGCUGAAUCAAGGGAAAAAAGGAGUGUUCCUAACUGGGCGCUGACAUCCUCAGACUUUUUCGCCUGGAUUGAAGAGCUGCGUUCUCACGCUGGCUAUGACAAGAUUGAGGAAUUGGCCAGAACCUUCUGGGCUCACUUCCCUUCCGCCAGCCGCCUGGGUUAUGACCCUCCCGCUCCAGAAGAAUAAAGCCAUCUGAGCUGGAGUCUGUGUUGUGAAGGCUAUUUGCCCCUUUCCUUCAACACAGCUCUUGGAAAAAGAGACGAACAGUCUUUAUUAUUUAGCUUAACUUGAUUUGAGCCAGGACAAUAUCUUGAGAAAGUUUUUGUUUUUGAGAAAGGUUUGUUUUAUUUUUAUUUUUUUUUGUUAAAAGUUAUGUAAAACCGCUUAUGUAACAGCAUCCAAAAUCCGGUAAAAGUGUCUUGCUCACAAACUGUCUUUUAUUGCUUGGACAAAAUAGUUACUUCUCCUGGUUCUUCUUUAAAAUAAAUGUACACUCUGGAUUUUUACUUGCUGCAAAAUAAAUCAAAUAUAACAUCAUGAAUGUACGCUACACACAGAGCAACAACAGAGCUCGCAGGUGUGCUGUUAUCAGGUGGGAAUGCAGUCCAGGUGCAUAGAGAUGACCUCUGAGUGAGGGUCACCCCCCUCAGGACAAGUACAGUACAUGCAGGAACACGGUCCUUAUGUGUUUGACUAGAGCAAAAUCACUCCAGUACUAUGAUGUGUAUUGUUUACUGUCAUGAGUGUAAGAUUUCAGAAAAUACAAAGAAAUAUAAACACAUAUAAAAACAAAUGCUUCAGUGAUUCUUUUGGGUUGUUUGGAUAUUAAUUGAUUUUGUGGUAACAAUACGGCUCAAUCCACUGACAAUAGUUAACUUUACAACUUUGCUUCUGGCCUAAAUAUCAGUCCAUAUCCAAAAAUAAGCCUCCAGCAGUCCACCACCUGUUGUCCUCUCACAUCAAAAUGCACAGGCAUGGAUGGAUUUGUUUAUUGCAAACACACUAUUCUCUUUAAAAUUGCUUAAUUAUGGAUUUUUUUUUUUUUUUAUAAACACUUAACUUAUCACUUCACAGGACAUUAAUUG